GCGACGUGUCAGAAGACUGCUAAAAUGAUUGGCAAUGUUGUGACACUUUCCAGCCCUCGUUUAGCUUAACACCGAGAGAGGAACUUACAGGCUUGAGCUCUAGUAGCUAGGUGGAGGGUAGUUAUUCUACAAGAAUCCUCUGUGAGAAAAUUAAAACAGCGGAGUAUUUAGAAACUCUUGCUUUGAACACGGGUGUGACUCUUUCAAUUUCAUCUGAUGGGCAUGCUGCCGAAACUUUCAAGCAAGCUCACCAAAUAUUCCUCCGCUCUAUGUCUUCUUCUUUUCUUCGCCGGAGCCGCCAAUGGGAUCAGGGAACGCUGGUUGCAUCAUACAACGGAUGGAAGCAUUCACUUUCUAGCCAUCGCUGUUGCCAUCGCUGUGUUGUUUUCUUUAGUUGCCUAUCUGUACGGUUACCGAGAUUUUGCUCGAGGAUUCUGUCAUCUGUGGAUAGGCUUUCUUUUCAGCGUGAUGUCCUUCACAGAGAUUGCAUUCGACCAUUUGAUAGACUCACUGCAUGAUUUAGACUCGACAGACAUUCUCAUAAUGACCAGCACUGGAGUACAUUGUUUCAGGAUUUUAUCUGAAAGAAUAUGCACCUCUCCAACGUAUGAAUCGAAAUUCAUGACUACUGAAGAGUUCUUGCUUCUCCUUGGAUUCCUUUCAGGCUCGACUGGAACAAUGUAUUUUGGUAGCAUGCUGACAAUCAUUUCUGCAGUUAUGAUGCAUUUAAUGGCCUUUCACAUGAAAUCAAGUGUUUCCCUUCUGAGUGCUGCCUUGCUCUGCUUUUUUGGUGGUGCAUAUUACUUUCCAGCAAGUGAGGUCAACUACAAUCCAUAUAUUUUAUCAGCUUUUAUCAUCUACCUUUCCUUUGAAUCACUGGUUGAUAUUUAUUUCUCUAGACUGUCCCUUUUGGAAACAUGGAAAAAGUUUAUCUUCCAAAGUAGAUGCAUUCAUAGAUUGCAGAUUCUUGCUGUGACUGUUCUAGAAGCACUGUUUUACAUGUUUAGUUCUCAGCUUAUCAAAGAUCCUGAACUUCCAGUCUACAGACUACCAAUAUUUGUAUUUUUGUCCGUACCAUGGGUGGUGUUUCAUUUUAUGUUUAUUGUAACUUGUUGGGGUUUCGUUGGAAAACUAGAAGAAUGCACAAGCAUGGUGAAUGCAAGGGGAGAGCUUAGUGACAAUAACAUGUCAGAGGUAAUGGCAUCCAAAGGUGUCCGCCACUUCUGUUUGGUGUCACAGAUGGUCACACUAUACACACUGUCGUCAACAUCUCUCAUCAUAGCAUCAGCAUGGCAGGAAACAAACCCAGUAUUCAUUGGCAUGUUGUUGAUCAUUCUUCCUGUUGAACUGCUUGUGUAUGAUAUCCUCACAAAGCUUGGGAAGUCUGUGGGAGGAACAGCCAUUGGUUAUGCUGUGGUUGCACCUGCGCACAAGUACAGCUCAAGUGGUAAUGUUGUUGUUCUUGUAGAAAAUGCCUUCCAGGCAGUCAAUACUAAAGCAAUGGAACUGAUAAAUAUUGUGUCCAGAUUCUUUUCUGGUCACAUGAUUCACAACUUUGGAACAGACUUUUCAACAAGUGGGAUUUCAGCUGACUAUAUUGAAAAGAAAAUCACUUCAUUUUUUGAGCAACGCAUCCUUCCAGGCUUACACUAUGACACUUACAUUCUCUAUUACAGUGGACAUGUGACCAGUGAUGGGGAUUGGGCUCUUACGGAAAAUAAAACACUUUCAUUUGAAACAAUCUUGAAGUGGUGGAGAAACAAAAACUCAUCAACAGGAGCAAGGCUUCUUUUGUUUUUGGACACUGCUCACUCAGACAAAUGGGUAGAUGAUGUGUGGAAAGUUGAAAAGGACUUCAUAGCAAUCCAAACUGGAAAAUUAACUGCUUCUUUUGAUGAAGAACAGGGAAAUACAUUUCCCUUGGGUGAGCUCACAAAGUUAUGGGAUGAUUUCAACACCACUGCUGCAAAACCUGAAAAUUACUGGGACAAAAACAGUGUGAAAGUUAAGCCAGUGUAUGGUGUUUCAAGGGAAUGGUGUUGUUUUAAGUUUCAUGAGCCAACAGUGGAAGAUAUUGCACAGCAUGUGGAGCAAAAUUUUCCAAGAGUUAUCCAACCAAUUACAAAGAUAUUCACCCACUUGCCAUGCAAUACAAACUUGCUCAGUGUAUUUGACUGGUUCACACAUGGCUUUCGUAGAAUGAAGAUGCGAUGUUUUCCUCCAGCAGUUUAUGAUACUGGACAUGGAUUUAAACUUGUGCGUUGACGUCAAUAUUUUGCAUGUAUGCAAGCUUUGAAGUGAAUGCCAAACCCCUGACUGCAUUGUAUUCUGCAAUGUACAGUUAUCAAAGUAGAUAUCUAAAAGCUUGAACAAGCAAAAUGAAUGGAACAGAGAGGCAUGACUUGUUGAAUCCAAAACUUAGCUCAGGUUUGCAUGAAGUUCCACAUUGUUCUUUACUGCAACAGAAGAUGUAAUUAACAUGUCUGGUAUCUGUUUCUGUAGAGGGCAAUAAACAAGUUGUAAUAUAAUCUUUACAAGGAUUUCUUUGGACAUUCAAUUUAUCAAUACAGUCAGAGACACCCAGAAAGUGUAUUUUACAUUUUGUGUUCUCAGCUGAAACUCUCCAUAACUGAUUUCAUAUAUUCCAGCAGUUUUGAGAUUUUGCUAAACCCUUUGAGCCCUAAGAGUGAUUAGGAUCUAAUUUCCCCUUACAAUUUCACUCUUAAAUCACCCAUUAAGGUCAUGAGAAUAAAGGAAAUGAUCACCAAGAAAGCUCUUGAUUGUCAAACAAAUUCUCCUUGACAGCACCUUUAGAAAUGUAUAGAGAACAGUAUGGAGAACAUACUCGCUGAUGUUAGGGUGUAAAGAGUUAACACUCUUCUCGAUUCUCUCAACAUGUUUGCUUGUUUGUGCUUUAGAAUACUGAUUGUGCUUCGGGUCAGAAUAGUAAGAUAAAGUCGGAUACAGAUCAAAAUUAAUUUUCAGUGAAUCCUUUUAGUUGCCUUGUGUUCUUUUACGAGAUAUUUCUACCCUCUCUAGGAAGUGUAAUUGUGCCUCACACCCAUGCCCUUAAAGAAUACAAAUAAGAUUGCUAUGAGGGCAUUUUACUUACAUUAUUCCCCCUAACAAAAACUAAACUGCACUCUAAAAAUUUCAAGUGACUUUUACUAGGGGAAAUAAUUCUGUAAAUUUUCUUGGCAAUGCUACAUCAGAAAUAUUAUCAAAAAAAAUUAUAUUGAGAACCGCUCCAUGAUGGUGGAUAUUAAUACAAAAUAUAAAUAUUGUACAAAAUGUGAAGACAUAGUUUAUUGCACUUGUGGUAUAUUAUCUUAAUCUUUCUUGCCUCCUGAAAAAAUGGUAUGAGACAUGCACAGGGCUUGAGAUUUUCUUAAACUACAACCACUUCAGUUCACUGAUUCAUCACAUUUUUGAGUACAAAGGGCUUAAGAUUUUGGUAAUGAUUAACUCCCCUAUUUAUUCUAGAAGCCUUUUUCUUACAAUUUCAUUAAAGGUUGGAGCUCCCAACACCCCUCAACUUUUUCAAUCUCCCCACAUUUUGUUUAUUACACAAGACAUUUGUAAACAGGAACAGAUUUUUAAAUAACAGAUAUAUAAGUUUUAAGUAAAAGCCUCUUUAUCUGGUAUUGUAUAGAGUA